UGAUAAUGAAGACUCCAAAUAUGAAUUUAAUAAAAGAUACUAUAAUGUACCUGAUAUUGAAAAGAAAAAGGUCUUUGGAAUGAACAACCAUCAGUUAGAUAAAUCGAAGGCUGAUAUUGAUCAAAUGAUAGUUGUAAAAAAUGAUAUUAAGCAUGAUAAUACUGUAAAGGAUAAAUAUAAAGCACCUACAUUUGCGAAGAUGAAUAAGAUGUGUGAUCUUGCCAAAUUAAAUCAAAAUAGGGUUGUUAAAAAAGAUAAAUAUAAAACAUCCAAUAAUUAUCAAAAACUGAAGUUAUAUGGGCCACCUGAGUAA